AUGGAGUCGCUGCCCCCGGACGUGGUCUACGCCGUGCUCCGCCUCGCGCAACCCACGGGGCAGCCGAUCGCGCGGCUCGCGUGCGUGUCGACGGGGUUUGCGCGGAUGGCGAAGGAGCAUCUCUGGAGGUGGCACUGCCGCGACCAACUCGCUCUCGACGCAUCCCCGAGUGACGCGCAACGCUCCGACUCCGAGGCUACUACUAGCUCUAGUAGAGCUAAUCCUGAUCGCGCCAACGCCGUUAAGGACGCACUCGCUGCCAUCACGGCCAGCCUUGAAGAUCCAAUAUCCAUGCGCGAACGGUUGGAGCGCAUGCUGCACGACAUGGGAAGCGAAGAAGUUUUCAACCUAGCGAAGCUCGUGAACGUGUGUCCAGGCGUGCGACCCGCGCUGCUGCGAGGCAGGGAGUUCAAGGCAAUGAACUGCGGGUGCGGCAGCAGCCUCCAGUGUGCGUGCUGGAAGCCUGUCCCGAGCGAAGUCCAUCCCAGCAGCGCGCCUCACGUCCACCCCAGCAAGUUUGAGAUCAUGGAUGUCGUUCGCUCCGGCGUUCCAGAGAUGCAUUUCGUGAUGUUCGCGUGCUUUGUGCAUCAACACGAGGAGUACGACGCCGUGCCAUUUUUUCUCAUUCGAGGACAUGUUAUCGACUUUCAAAGCUCCAAGAUGUACGAGUCUCAGACCCCCUUCGUUUGUGACGAGCAGUGCCCAUACUGCUCCUCCCAGGUUUGGGACAUGAUGCAGUUGUUGAACUUUCCGCGAGUGUCCAAGAUCCUUAUUUGCUAUGCGGGGAACAAGAUAUACGUCACGUUCCCGGAAGUGGUCACCUACGUCUGCACCAAGGGGCAUCUGUACGGGCUGCGGCGUCUGGGCGCAGCCUUGAGAGGAAGCGACUCAGGGAUGGCGGAGGUGGAGGUGGAGAGGGUUGAAGGGCACGAGGGCAGUCAGAGCAGCCAGGGCAGCGGGGACAACGAGGAGGCGGAGCAGGAGGCGUUGGAUGAGGCAUUCUAUGCGGUGUUGGGGAGCUUUAUGCAGCGGGCGGUGAGGGGGGAGUUGGAGGAGGAGGAAUCUGAUGACGAUGUGAGCAACGAGGAGGAGGAAACUGAUGAUGAUGUCAGCAACGAGGAGGAAGAAUCUGAUGAUGAUGUCAGCAACGAGGAGGAAGAAUCUGAUGAUGAUGUCAGCAACGAGGAGGAAGAAUCCGAUGAUGAUGUCGAACCGGGCACUUCCACUAGUGGAGCACAAGCAGCUGCUCUCACCGUCCCUGCUGCUUCUGCUGCUGCUGCUGCUGGGCCAGCUGCAACACCUGAGCUUGCACAUGCACAUGUGGUGGAGGCUGCUACCAGUGAUGCUGCUGCAGCACCACAUGCACCAAAUGCUGCUCCUGUGGACGUCACUGUGCCUUCCCCUAGCAGUGGUGCUGCCUUUGCCGCGGCAUCGGACUCUGCGAGUCUCCUUCCCACGGCAGCAGCCAUUCCUCAUGGGCAACUGUUGGAGGCAGCACAACCAGCCAAGGACGGCUCUGCUGAUGGGCAUCUGUACGGGCUGCGGCGUCUGGGCGCAGCCUUGAGAGGAAGCGACUCAGGGAUGGCGGAGGUGGAGGUGGAGAGGGUUGAAGGGCACGAGGGCAGUCAGAGCAGCCAGGGCAGCGGGGACAACGAGGAGGCGGAGCAGGAGGCGUUGGAUGAGGCAUUCUAUGCGGUGUUGGGGAGCUUUAUGCAGCGGGCGGUGAGGGGGGAGUUGGAGGAGGAGGAAUCUGAUGACGAUGUGAGCAACGAGGAGGAGGAAACUGAUGAUGAUGUCAGCAACGAGGAGGAAGAAUCUGAUGAUGAUGUCAGCAACGAGGAGGAAGAAUCUGAUGAUGAUGUCAGCAACGAGGAGGAAGAAUCCGAUGAUGAUGUCGAACCGGGCACUUCCACUAGUGGAGCACAAGCAGCUGCUCUCACCGUCCCUGCUGCUUCUGCUGCUGCUGCUGCUGGGCCAGCUGCAACACCUGAGCUUGCACAUGCACAUGUGGUGGAGGCUGCUACCAGUGAUGCUGCUGCAGCACCACAUGCACCAAAUGCUGCUCCUGUGGACGUCACUGUGCCUUCCCCUAGCAGUGGUGCUGCCUUUGCCGCGGCAUCGGACUCUGCGAGUCUCCUUCCCACGGCAUAA